AUGUCUCGAGCCAAAUACCGCCCAAACCUUGCUCCUCCAUUUAAUCACCAACAGCUGAUAGCUCCAUGGAGGUCAUGGCCAUCACUUGCUGUUGUUCUCACAAAUAUCCCCAAAGAAUUGGGCACAGUAGAUAUCUGGAAAGCAUUUAAGGAAGAGGGUAGUAUUCUCUCCAUCGAUAUCUGGGAAGAUUCCCAUGGAGGCAGAGGUACAAAGGCUAAAGUACGCUUCAAACCUCCCCCGGUCAACGAGUUUUGGAGACAAGGCACCAGACACGUAAAGCUGCAAAAUGGGGAAACAAUCUACAUACGUAUCGUCCUCGAUAACAAGGCUCCCGAAUGGGAUAUUCCGAGUCCAGUUCGCCCAGGAGUUCAUUUCCCAGCGGAAAUUAAAAUCCCAAUCUCCUCAAUGGAUAUCGGAGUUGUCGUGGACGAAACAACAAUGAUGCCGAUGCGUACCGUGGGAUCAUCAACGAAUGGAGCUGCUUUUCUACUGCUUAAUUUGAGACGCAAAGACCUGUACAUAUAUUUCGAACUUCACAUCCCCAGCACCGCACGUCCGUCAUCGCCUGAAGAAUAUCGCCUUAGGAUUCCGUUUUCGCAGCUUGAUAGGUUCUUCCAAACACAGAACACUCCGACUGAUGCCGUCUCUCAUUUCACUUUCCUCAGUUCGCCACCGAUGUAUCAACGUCGGAUUCGGAACACUGAGACUACAUUUAUAGAAGAAAUGUCAUGGAGAGAGUCGGACACCUGGUUCAGACAAGCUCAGAUUGUUCAUAACCCCCAGGGAUUGGCUACUCUUCCGGCUAGCCUACGAAAACAAAACCCAAUAAUCGAUAUUGGUCGCUGGAAUGCUUUCCGAAUUAACUACCCCAGCAACUGUGAUGAUAAAGGGCAGUUUACCUUUCUCUGUAGCAUUUUAAGCGAUUAUAAUCUUAUUGUUGAGAAGACGGACCGCUUCACUUUACUCGACAAUAACGCCCCCAAACCUAUAAAUAUUUGGAAAUGGAUUGAUCUCGACCCUAAGACUUCUGGUACAUCAUAUGCCUCCUUACAGGACCUGAUUGACCCAACCCACAUCCAUCUGCCCUUUGCAGUACGCUACCAACUAGAAGUAUGCAUAUCACAGGGCUUCCUUUCUGAGUUCAACAUGAAUCGCGAGUUUGCUUUAAGGCUAGCUGAACUGGGAGAGGUGCAGGCAAGGAAGCUCCUUGAACAUGUCGCUCUUCAAAAGAAGACUUACUACAAUUCGAUGGAAAUCUUCGAUAUUAAAUUUGUCAAAGGCGUUACGACUGGAAAAAUACCAUCUUACUGCUGUCUCAUGCGAUCUGCGAGAAUCACCCCAAGCACGAUUUACUACAACGUCCCCUCUAUAGAUAUUUCGAACCGAGUCAUUCGACAUUACAUAAAUCUCGCAGACAAUUUUCUCCGAGUCAGAUUUACAGAUGAGAAACACAUGGGUCGCAUCAAUUCCACUGCAGAUAACACCAUGGAUGAGGUGUUUACUCGUAUCAAAAGAGCGUUAGCUAACGGCAUUGUCAUUGGAAAUACACGCUACGAGUUUCUUGCAUUUGGAAACUCUCAGUUCCGGGAACAUGGAGCAUAUUUCUUCGCGCCUAAAGAUGGUGUCACAGCUGCUAAUAUCCGCGCCUGGAUGGGGCAGUUCAGUCACAUCAGAAACAUUGCCAAACAUUCUGCCAGGCUGGGACAGUGUUUCUCGACCACCCGGGCCAUUUCUGGUUGCUCUGCCCAUGUCAAGAAAAUUGACGACAUUACAAGAAAUGGAUAUACUUUCUCAGAUGGUGUCGGCAAAAUUUCGAAAUUCCUCGCACAGAUUGCGAUGUCAGAACUCAAAAUCAAGACACCUGACAGAGAGCCUCCUUCUGCUUAUCAAUUUCGUCUAGGAGGCUGCAAGGGUAUGCUUAUCAUUUCCCCAGAUGCCCGUCGUCAGGAUGUACACAUUCGGAAGAGCCAGUUUAAAUUUGCUGCACUAUCCCAAGGCCUGGAGGUUAUUCGCUGGUCUCAAUUCUCUUCUGCGACUCUCAACAGACAGCUGAUUCUUGUGCUGUCCACACUUGGAAUCACAGACGAGGUGUUCCAUCUUAAGCUUAGAACAAUGUUGAAGAACUUGGAUGAAGCAAUGGAAAGUGAUCCAAAGGCAGUCUAUCUGCUAAGAAAAUAUGUGGAUCCUAACCAGACAACGCUUGCCGUUAGUCAAAUGGUUCUCGACGGCUUUAGAAGAUCGAAGGAACCGUUCGUAACUUCUCUUCUCACACUAUGGAGGGCGUGGCAUUUGAAGUAUCUGAAGGAAAAAGCAAAGAUAGUCAUCGAAAAAGGCGCAUGUCUCUUGGGCUGUAUGGACGAGUCUGCGACUUUAAAAGGACAUUUCAAUGACAAAAUUCCGAAAGACGAUGCUUCACUCAAAGAAAAGAUUGCAGCAGUACCUGAGAUAUUCGUGCAGGUAUACCGUCCUGAGAUUGAAAAAUACGAAAUAAUCGAAGGCUUAUGCAUUUUGGCCCGUAACCCUUCUCUCCACCCUGGUGAUAUUCGCGUGGUUAGGGCUGUCAAUGUUCCUAGCCUGAAGCACCUCAAGGACGUUGUUGUCCUACCCCAAACUGGAGAUCGUGACGUUGCUAGCAUGUGCUCCGGUGGUGAUCUUGAUGGAGAUGAUUACCUUGUGAUUUGGGAUCAAGAUUUGUUACCGGGGGACUGGUUUCGGGAGCCCAUGAACUAUACUGGUAAGAAGGCUCAGGACCUCGACCACGAAGUCACCGUGGACGAGAUUACUUCGUUCUUUGUCACUUAUAUGAAAAAUGAUUGCCUCCCAACAAUUGCUCACGCUCAUCUUGCAUGGGGGGAUUACCUAGUUGAUGGCGUCAAUGAAGCAAAGUGCAUGCAACUCGCUCAACUUCAUUCAGAUGCGGUCGACUACAACAAGACAGGGAAUCCAGCCAUAAUUACCCGCGCCCUGCGGCCUCGUAAAUGGCCUCAUUUUAUGGAGAAGAUAUACAAACCUGAACACUGUCAAUAUCGUUCGGAGAAAGUCCUCGGACAGCUAUAUGACGCCGUGGAGAGAGUCGACUUUGUUCCAAACCUUGAGAUGAAUUUCGAUAAGCGGAUCUUAGAGUGUCAGAUUGAAGUCCCGGAAGACUUUUACGAAUUUGCCACGAAGCUCAAGGAUGCAUAUGACACUGCCAUCCGUCGGAUAAUGGCACAGCAUGAGAUCAAGACAGAGUUCGAAGUGUGGUCGACAUUUGUGCUCAAUCACUCUAACAUGAGUAAAGAUUACAAGUUCCAUGAGGACAUUGGCACAAUAUCUUCUGCACUACUAGAAGAUUUCAAGAAGCAAGUUUAUGAAGAGGUUGGCGGUAGGACCUUUGAAUUGCUCGCACCUCUUGUCGUCGCCAUGUAUCGAAUUACGCACAAGGAGAUGGCCGCAGCAUUAGCAAAACACCGCGAAGACAACCCACCAGACGGAAGCCUUUUCACGAAUACACCGGCCUUCAAGAUAGAUCAGCCACCUUUGAUCAGUUUUCCCUGGAUAUUUCCGAAGGUCCUCGGCCAGAUUGCAGUUGGUCAUUAUGAGCACCCAGGUGCUACAGUCACUCCCUCAGCAGAUCAGGACGCGGUCAACGGUUCGCUGAAGAGAAAACCUGACGACACAGCCCCUAACGCAAAUACCGAAGACAUAAUGUCUGUCAACAACGCCUCUAAGGUACUUAAUAAUGCUGAAAGCCAGCAAAAUGACGAUCCUUUCGGGCUCAAUCUCAACGAUGAAGGUAGCAUUGUCACCACACAUAGCAACCCAACGCUUCUUAAUGAUGGUAACGUCGAUUUGCUAGAGCAACUUCUUGACUUUGGGCUAUUACAUGUUCCGAGCACUCCUUCCUCAUCUAUAGUGCUUUCUUCCGCUCCGGUGGAAGGAGAAAGUCUACUGGAUUUCGAUCGUGACCCCACCGAGGGCGGAUGGACAGCUAAUCCUAAGAAAGCCACACCCGACCUCAAGGAGAAGCAGCCAGUGAAAAUUCUUAAUGGCAAAGGCAAACAGAGUCGUAUUGUUGAGAUUGUGGAAGAAGAGUCUGAUGGAGGCGAUGACCCUCUCGGCAUCGAUACGCUGAACAAGCUGGCCGGCCUAUAA